CAGAAAUGACUGAGAUACAGCUAAAAGAUCCUACAGAGGAUUCUGUGGACACUGUCAAAGCAAAAGCCUGUGGCACCAAGCAAAAAUUAAAAGAACAACAUCCGGCAGCAAAGAUGCAAAAUGAGCAAUAUUUUGAGAAGAUACCAAAGGCAGAGCAACAGACUCGAAAGAAUGCAAGAGAGGCUUCAGAACAGACCACAAAAACCAAAAUAUGUGCUGGCAAAGCCAAAUCACCACCAGCAAAAGCCCGUGGUGUCAAGCCAAAAGUAGAAGUACAAUCUGCUGUGCAGGAUACAAAGGUUUCACCAGGAAAAUCUCAGGACUUAAAAAGGAAAGACAUGACCGAAGAAAAAGCUUCAACAGAUUAUAUCCUUAAGGAAACUCUGAAAAAAAUGAAAAUUAAGAUGAUUGACAAAGCAAACGCAGCAGAAGUCAUAAAUGCGAUAAUACAAAAUAUAAUCAAUCAUUUAAAACAAAAUACAUUAAGCUUCAAUGACGUACAAGAACCCCUAAAAACAGGAAGCUACUAUGAAAAUCUAAAGAUUUGUAAUCCUGAUGAAUUUGACGUCAUGCUGCCCAUCUUGGUUGAUCGGGUUCAACUUGAACCAUUUGGAAAUGAUGGCGCAUUUUACAGUGUGGAAUUAAAACGUGGCCAGAAGAAUCUGGAAAAAUUUCUAGAAAAUGGCAUUUUAUCUGCUACCAAGAUGCUCAAUGAGUUCAGGGAAGAAGUGAAGAAAUGUGUCAAGAAUUUUACUGAAUGGAAGGUGGACAAGAAGAAAAAAGGCUGUCCAGCAGUGACCCUGACCACACAUAUACAAUCAGUCCCAAUUUCGCUGGAUGUUGUUCUCUGCCUUAUGGUUAAAUCAAGCUGGCCGCCUUUCACAACCGAAGGCCUUAAAAUAGAGUGCUGGCUCGGGCGUAAAGUUAAGCAGGAUUACAAGCGAGAGCCAUAUUAUCUGGUCCCAAAAUAUGAGGGCAAGGGUACAGUGGAAAAUGAUGGGGUCCUUAAUAAAGAUGUUUGGAGAGUUUCAUUCUCUCACAUUGAGAAGGCCAUCCUGAAAAAUCACGGAUCAAUGAAGACUUGCUGUGAAAAAAGUGGAGAAAACUGCUGCAGAAAGUCCUGUCUGAAACUCCUAAAGCACCUGCUACAUCUGCUGAAGGAAAGGAACUCUUCAUUUGACAAGUUUUGCUCUUAUCAUGCCAAAACUACACUCUUACAUGCCUGUUGCUUGCGAACUGAUGACAGCAACUGGAGAGCCUCAGACCUGAGCGAUUGUUUCCAGCUGCUCCUGCAGGACUUUGAAGGUUACUUGGAAAAUGGUGAACUAUGCAACUUUUUCAUUCCAAGUCAGAACCUGUUCUCUGGUAUUAGAGUGUGCAAAGGUCUGUCCGUCGCUAUCAGGGAGGAACGUUGGAAAGGCUUUCCUAUUUUUAGGGAACAACUUAAAAAUGGAAAUUAAGUAAUGCACAUCUGGACUUGUGGUUUUUGUAAGUCCUAUAGUGUCUUGAUGCAUGCGCAAUCAAAUGCUGCAUCCAGAUGAACAGAAUCAACUUUUUGGGAAGUCCCAUUGUGUUUACAAUGCCUCAAAUAAGCACAGGCAAUCCAGCAACUAUGCAAAUACAAUUUGUUUUAGCAAUUUCAUUGCUUUAGUUUUCGUUAUCUUAUUUCCCCUUAUAUCUGUACAGUUGAAACUUUAACUUACAACUUUGA